AUGACACCAAACAACAACAACAAAUUCCGAGUGAAUAGCGGUGCGAUGAACGACAACAAUCCUUCCAUCACCACCACCACCACUGCUCAACCACAAGACCACCACGAUUCAUCAAACACAAUCACCACCACCACUACCACCUCCUCUUCAUCCACCUCCUCUCCCAUCAUUUAUUCCAGCAAUCCCUAUGAUGGAGGAGUUACUGCAACAACAACAACAACAACCACAACUCCUAAUAUUGCGACUCGAAUUAACAAUCACAAUGAUGAUGAGGCUUUUAUUGAAUUAGAAGAAUAUUCUUUACCAUCCCGACCAUCCACUCAUUGCGUCGGCGGUGAAGAAGAAUAUCAUCACAACGAUCAUGAUGUACCACUUGAUUCAUCCACACUUUCAACGCCACUCAGACUUGACGAUGAUGAUGGUGCUGUUCCAAAUUUAGCCUCAACAACUCAACUUGAUGAUUCGAGUCAAUUAUAUAUGAUGAAUACAAAAGGCAAUAGUAGCAAAAAUAGUGCUGCUACCACAACGACCACUACGAGGAGUAGUAAUACAUCCUCAUCUUCUUCAUCGACUUCCUCUCAUCAUCAUGACGUGGUGACAUUGACAAAAGAAGAAUAUGAACUAUUGAAACAACUUGAACGAGAAAAUGAAGAAUUGAGAAAAAUGAUUCAUUCCAACAACAACAACACGUUUACAAAGGAACCUCUAGUCUCCUCUGAAAAUGCUGUAAAAAAGCCUUCCAUCAUUCAAUCUUGUUCAACAACAACAACAACAACGAAUACUACUUCUACGACUCAUUCUAAUAACAACAUGGAAUCAAAUACCAUCAUCCCCAAUACCAUCACGACAACUCUCACUUAUCGAAGUCAUGUUAAAAAUGCAACCAAUCAUGAUGAGGACAUGAAUGAUGAACGUGAGGUAAUGAUGGCUAACAAGUAUUUCAAUAUUCCAAGCAAUAAUGACCAUCCAUCAACCAUAUCAUUCACACCUCUUCAUCAUGCAUCCAACAUGACAAUGGACACAACAGAACAACACAAGAAUCACUCUUCCACAACAGAACAACACAAGAAACAUUCCUCUUCUCAUCAUUCCAUUCAUGAAUCAUGGAGUGUUCAACAAUUUAAAAAAUUAAUCAUUUCCUUAAUCUUUCUCUAUUGGACCUAUCUGUCACAUAAUUUUAGAGAAAUUAGAAAACGUAAAUUAGCCUAUCUUUUAGGUGUUGGAUCAUGUGUGGUGGUGGUAUUUGUUGUUUGUGUUUCAUUAACAGUAUUACAACAAGUUCCAAUUAUAUUUUUAAGAUUGGCAGAAAAUAACAAAUUUGAAGCAGAUAUGGUCAUUACUCCAUCCAAUGCCAUCUCUUCAACAACAGCAUUUAAUUUAACAGCAAUGGAAGAGAACAUUAUCCGAGCAACAGGACAAGAAGAUUAUACCCUAAAAUAUUCUUAUCAUUCUCCUAGAAUUGAAUUAAGUUCUUUAAAUAUUUAUUCAAGUUCAUCAUGUAAAACUGAAAAUUCAAACAAUGGUCUCUCAUUACCAUCCUAUAUCGAUUCUUUUGAUGAUAUGGAUAAGAUUUCAUGGUUCUAUAAUGGUAUUGUGAAUUCAUCAACAAAUACAUGUAGAAAAUCAUCUUCUUUUUGUGUACCAAAAUUUUGUACACAAGUGGUUAAGAGUAAUUUAUACAUUUUAGAUUUAGAGAGAGAACGUCGAAUGGAAUUUGGAAGAUCUUUUUCUUAUCCACUACUCUCAAAGAAUGAAGCUUAUGUUUCAAGUGUUAUGGCAUCUAAUUUGAAUUUAAAAGUUGGAGAUACUUUUAUUAUUCAAUUAAAUACUCGAGAAGUAUUGAAUGGACCAUUUAGAGAGGCUCAAGUCAUUUCAGAUCCUUCGAAUUCUACUCUCGUGGAUAAGAUUCUUAAAUUUAAUUCCUUUUUCUCAUUUCGAGUCAAAGACAUUCUUCCACAUAAUUUUAGAAAAAUGGAAUAUACAGUGAAAGAUUUUAUUUUUAUCGAGUACAAGUAUUUCCUACACUCCAUAGCACCCUAUUUAAAUCCAAAUCAAUAUUCAAAAGAAUCUCUCAUGAAUCUAACAAGAGUCAAUAUGGAUCAUUAUGCUAAAACGAUUUACUGGAAUUUGGCGCCAAGUCGAAUUCAAAAAUAUAAUUUACAACAAUAUACAGAUGUGAGAGCAUUGGUUGUAAAUUUUGCAUCUUCACUUUCCUAUUAUAUUGGAUUUGAUCAAAUAUCACAAUCAUAUCCAGUAUUACAAUUUUUGAAUAGUUUGAGAUUUGUUUCUCUAUUCCUUAGUCUCAUUAUUAAUGUCAUUAUUACUAUUUUGACAUUACUUUCUACUGUAUUGAUUUAUUCUCUAUUAAUGAUUAAUGUUGAGAAUAGAACCUUUGAAAUGGGAGUAUUGAGAAUGAUCGGAAUGCAUCGGAAAGGUUUAAUUCAAUUAAUUAUCAUACAAGCCUUUUUAUAUUCAAUCCCUGGAUUGGUGUUGGGUUUAGUGUUGGGAGGAGCAAGUUACGUGGGAGUGAGUUACUUGUUGGGACAUUUUUUUGAUACGAGUCUCUCAAAAUUACUUGAUCCCACAGGUGUUGGUGUUUCCAUUGCACUUGGAUUCGUCAUUCCCAUUCUCGCCAGUCUAUUACCCAUACGAUCUGCAUUGAGUCAAAAUCUUCAUGAUUCUCUUGACACUGAGAGAAGUAAAACCAAAUCCAUUGAAUAUUCCAUUGAGAGAAAUUCUGAGACAUCUGUUUCUCCAACAUUGAUUGCAGUUCCUCUUUUGGCUAUUAUUGCUGGUUUUUGUGUUUAUUAUUUCUUUCCAAGUGCAUUAUUAACAUUGAAUUUGAAUAUUCUAUUGAGCAUGUUCUUUGCAGUAUUAUUGGGAAUGUUAUUAGGACUUGUAGUGUUGGCACUUAAUUUGGAAAAUAUUUUAGAAACCAUUCUCACUCAUUUAUUACUUUUUUGGGAAAAUGUUGCAUUGAGACAAUUAAUUUUAAAGAAUUUAGUGACACAUCGAAUGAGAAAUCGUAAAACAACCAUCAUGUAUGCCAUGUCUUUGGGAUUUGUUAUUUUUGUAUCCAUUGCAUUUAAUUUACAAUUAGCAAAUUUUAAAUACAUUUCAUUACAAGAUUAUGGAACACGAUUGAUUGUGACAGAUAAUAAUAGUUUAGAAAUUUCAACCUAUUUGGCACAAUUGGAAUGGUAUUUGAUGAAUUAUCAUCGACAAGUAGUGAAAGAGGUUUCAUUCAUGUCCUAUCCUCUGACAUAUUCUACCAUGUAUUCAAAGAAUGAAAUUUCAACCAUGGGUGGUUAUCAAGCCUAUACACAAACCAUUCGAUGUGUUCCUCCCAAUUUCUUUCAAAUUGCAAAUCCAUACUUUUUAAUCACAGACAUGACCUCUCAUGAAAACUCAUUGAGUGAACAAUUAUACACCAUCUCAGGAUCACAGAGAAUGCUCAUUGGAACAGCUUACAAACAAUUACUCUCUUUAAAGAAUUUAGAACACAUGUUUGUAGUGAAAUUCACCACUCCUACUGAUCAAUUUCCAAUCUAUAAUUAUACCUUGAUGAAACCAAUGGCAUUUGUGAGUUCAUCACCUGUCUUUUUAUUUUCUGCAUUUCCAAGUUCAACUUCACAACCUGCUGUGGUGUCAUGUACAACGUAUAUGAGAAUGUCUAAUCGAACCUUUAACUCGAUGAUGGAUGUACCCAUUGAGAGAUUAUUUAUUGAUGUCUAUAGUAAUGCAACAGAACAACAAGUUAAGGCAUUUAAAGAUGAUUUCUCGAGUUAUAUUCGACUACUGAGUAUUAGUUUGAAAGAUGUAAAUGAUGAAAUGGAUACCAUUAAUGUUGCACUCGAUGCUACUAAUUUUCUAUUACUCUUUGUGACUGUACUCUCCAUGAUUAUGUGUUUCUUUAGUUUAGUUUCUUCACUCUACACUAACAUUCAAGAACAGACCAAAGAAAUUGCAAUUUUGAGAGCCAUUGGAUGUAAAAAGUUUUUUGUGACUCGACUCUAUGUCUAUGAAGCAUUGAUUUUGGUGUUAACAGCAUCAUUGAUCGGAAUUGUUAUUGGUUUUGUCAUUGGUUUUACCAUGAGUAUUCAAUCUAAUUUAUUUACAGAGCUGCCUGUGAGUGUGUAUGUUCCAUGGCAACUCAUUCUCAUUGUGGUUGGAUUGGCUUUCAUCAGUGCUUUCUUGAGUGCCUUCUUCCCAGUGACAUCCUUGUUGAGAAAUGGAAUUGUGACCUUGUUAAAGCGAAUGGUCACUUAG